AUGCUGGUAUCCCUGGGCGACGCUGCAGCCAAUCAGCUGGAAGGAGGGGUGCGCCCACACUGCAUCCCAGAGGAGUUGGGUUGGGAGAUGCCUGCCUACUGCCCCAACACCUACUGCCCCAACACCUACUGCCCCACGACUUACUGCCCCAGUGCCUACUGCCCCAACACCUACUGCCCCACGACUUACUGCCCCAGCGCCUACUGCCCCACGACUUACUGCUCCAGCGCCUACUGCCCCAACACCUACUGCCCCAGCGCCUACUGCCCCACGACUUACUGCCCCAACACCUACUGCCCCACAACUUACUGCCCCAACACCUACUGCCCCACGACUUACUGCCCCAGCGCCUACUGCCGCAGAACCUACUGCCCCAAUACUUACUGCCCCAACACCUACUGCCCACAACUUACUGCCCCAAACCUACUGCCCCAAUACUUACUGCCCCAACACCUACUGCCCACAACUUACUGCCCCAGUGCCUACUGCCCCAACACCUACUGCCCCAACGCCUACUGCCCCACGACUUACUGCCCCAGUGCCUACUGCCCCAACACCUACUGCCCCACGACUUACUGCCCCAACACCUACUGCCCCACGACUUACUGCCCCAGCGCCUACUGCCCCACGACUUACUGCCCCAGUGCCUACUGCCCCAACACCUACUGCCCCACGACUUACUGCCCCAGCGCCUACUGCCCCACGACUUACUGCCCCAGCGCCUAUUGCCCCACGACUUACUGCACCAACACCUACUGCCCCAUGACUUACUGCCCCAACACCUACUGCCCCACGACUUACUGCCCCAGCACCUACUGCCCCACAACUUACUGCCCCAACACCUACUGCCCCACGACUUACUGCCCCAGCGCCUACUGCCCCAUAACUUACUGCCCCAUGACUUACUGCCCCAGCAACUACUGCCCCAACACCUACUGCCCCACGACUUACUGCCCCAACACCUACUGCCCCAACACCUACUGCCCCAGCAACUACUGCCCCAACACCUACUGCCCCACGACUUACUGCCCCAACACCUACUGCCCCAGCAACUACUGCUCCAGCAACUACUGCCCCUGCACCUACUGCCCCAACACCUACUGCCCCAAUACUUACUGCCCCAACACCUACUGCCCACGACUUACUGCCCCAGUUGCCUACUGCCCCAACACCUACUGCCCCACGACUUACUGCCCCAGCGCCUACUGCCCCACGACUUACUGCCCCAGCGCCUAUUGCCCCACGACUUACUGCACCAACACCUACUGCCCCAUGACUUACUGCCCCAACACCUACUGCCCCACAACUUACUGCCCCAACACCUACUGCCCCACGACUUACUGCCCCAGCGCCUACUGCCCCAUAACUUACUGCCCCACGACUUACUGCCCCAGCAACUACUGCCCCAACACCUACUGCCCCACGACUUACUGCCCCAACACCUACUGCCCCAACACCUACUGCCCCAGCAACUACUGCCCCAGCAACUACUGCCCCAACACCUACUGCCCCACGACUUACUGCCCCAACACCUACUGCCCCAGCAACUACUGCUCCAGCAACUACUGCCCCUGCACCUACUGCCCCAACACCUACUGCCCCAAUACUUACUGCCCCAACACCUACUGCCCACGACUUACUGCCCCAGUUGCCUACUGCCCCAACACCUACUGCCCCACGACUUACUGCCCCAGCGCCUACUGCCCCACGACUUACUGCUCCAGCGCCUACUGCCCCAACACCUACUGCCCCAGCGCCUACUGCCCCAAUACUUACUGCCCCAGUGCCUACUGCCCCAACACCUACUGCCCCACGACUUACUGCCCCAGCGCCUACUGCCCCACGACUUACUGCUCUAGCGCCUACUGCCCCAACACCUACUGCCCCAGCGCCUACUGCCCCACGACUUACUGCCCCAGCACCUACUGCCCCACGACUUACUGCUCUAGCGCCUACUGCCCCAACACCUACUGCCCCAGCGCCUACUGCCCCACGACUUACUGCCCCAACACCUACUGCCCCACAACUUACUGCCCCAACACCUACUGCCCCACGACUUACUGCCCCAGCGCCUACUGCCGCAGAACCUACUGCCCCAAUACUUACUGCCCCAACACCUACUGCCCACAACUUACUGCCCCAGUGCCUACUGCCCCAACACCUACUGCCCCAUGA